AUGUGGUUCUUCGACACGGCGCGCCUGAGCGGCGAGCGGUCGUCGCGGAGCGUCCGCGGCUGGCGCGUCUGGCGCCUCCUGGCGGCCUAUUUUCCCGCGAGCCUCCACGCGACGGCGGCGCUGCCACCGGGCGGCAAGUACGUGCUCGGCUACCACCCGCACGGCGUCGUGAGCCUCGGCGCCUUCGUCGGCGUCGGCACGAACGGCGUCGGCCUCGACGACGCCUUCCCGGGCCUGGACUUCCACCUCUGCACGCUGGCCGUGAACUUCAAGAUGCCGUUCAUCCGCGAGCUCAUCCUCCGCCUCGGCAUCAUCCCGGCGUCCAAGGCCUGCAUCCGGCGCGCGCUCGCGCGGAACGGCGGCGCCGUGUGCAUCGCCGUCGGCGGCGCCAAGGAGGCGCUCCUCUCGACGCCGGGCGCGCCCUACGAGCUCUACCUCGGCAAGCGCAAGGGCUUCGUCCGCGAGGCGCUGCUCGCGGAGGCGUCCCUCGUGCCGACCUUCGCCUUCGGGGAGCUCGACGUCUUCCGCGCGCCGGCCCGCGGCUCCCGCGCGCGCCGCUGGCUGCUGACGUUCCAGAACUGGGGCCUCGGCUGGUACGGCUACAGCCUGCCCGUUUUCUGCGGGAAUCUCCCCUUCACGAACGUCGGUUUCGGCCUCCAGCCCAUCUCCGAGGCCGUCCACAUUGUCACCGGCGCGCCCAUCCCCCACGACGGCGUCGCCGGGCCCGUCACGGACGCGCGCGUCGACGCGAUGCACGCCAGGUACGUCGCCGCGCUCCGGGCCCUCUUCGACGCGCACAAGGGCGCCUACGCGCCGGGCCGGGAGCUCCUCAUUAAGUGA